AUGGUGGCUCACCACACGCAUGCGACCAGAAGUGAUGGUCCCCGUUUUGUCAAACACCACGCAGUCGAUCCCGUUGGCCUUUUCCAGAAUGUCGGCUCCCUUGAUCAAAAUCCCGUUGGUAGCACCAACACCGGUUCCAACCAUCACGGCAGUGGGGGCAGCCAAUCCGAGCGCACAGGGACAGGCCACCACGACCACGGAAAUGGCCACCUGCAAGAUGCGCGAGAAAAUGACCCGGCCGGUGUCCUUGUCGACGAAAAAUGA